CCCGGUGGCGCGAGGGCUGGGCUCGGGGAGGCGUCCGCGGGCGUCCGGGAGCAGGUGACAGCUUCAGCGGCGGCUGCCGGGAGUGCGUCCCCUCUGCUCUAGCUCCCGGUCUGUGUUCUCUCAGCGAGGUGCUGUGAUCGGAGCAGUAAUGCCGGGACGGGCCGGGGGCGGGGGAGUUGCUGGACGAUGUCGUGGGGGCCCCGGGCAGAGGUCGCCCUGGGCUCACACUAGGAACCCAAACCCCUUUCCCUUAGCUGCCUUUCUCCUUGUCCCCCGCCCCCGCCCCCGCACACGCGAGUCAGGUAGGCGUCAGAAGCAGGGCCUGUGCAGGUGCACCCCCGGGGUUUGCAGCCUGACUUUCCGCCUCCUCGUUUGGGAUCUUGCAGAGUCUUAGCCACUGGCGUCCCAGUCUCCUCAUCUGCGAAUGGAGAUCGGUCGAGGCUGCUCAUAAGGCUUCCAGGAGCCAUGCCUGCGAAGAGCUUAGAACAGUCCUUGGCGCUGGGGAGAGGCGGGAGCCGGCUGUUACUCCCCGCCGUGUUGCUUUGGGGCCAUCCGUUCCCACCCUCCGGCUCCUCACCUGAAUGGUGGAGAUCGGAGCGCUGGUCUCCCUGGUCAGUGUGGAAGAGUCCGUGAGCUGCUGGAGGACGGGGCAGGAGCGGUGUGUUCCCGGGGUCCAGAUGCCGCGCCCCACAAAUGGCCGAUGGAGUAACUCAGCAGGGGAGUGUCUGAGUGAUUCAUGCUGUGGUGACCACGGCGGUGGAGACCGAGAGACCCUGGCUGUGGGAGAACUAGGCCAGGGGCCCAGCAGUAACCUCAUCCAGAGAACAUGGCCAGUGGAAUUCUGGUCCUGUUUGUCCUACUUGUUAGUUUCAGGACGGUUGACAUGCCCCUGUUUCCCAAUAAUCCCGCAGGACACAACAGAAAGUGCUGUCCCCACCGUGUAGGUGAAGAGUUACGGUCAGGGAGGAGGUGUGACAGUCACAGAGAUGCACAGCAGAAAUGCGACUUCAGAGGGCUGCCUGGCAGGCUCAGUCAGUAGUGCAUGUGACUCAGACUCUUGCUCUCAGGGUCAUGAGUUCAAGCCUGGUAGGGCCUCCUGAAAAAAACAGAAAGAAAGAAGGAAAAAGGAAAGGGGACCUCAAUGCCCUGGACUUGUUAGGCUCCUGAAAACUAGGUUAACUGGGUUUGGUUCUGCCCGUCCUGCAGACUCGGCGAGGAUGUCUGUGCCGUCCUCCGACUCUCGGGUCCACUCAAGGAACAGUACGCUCAGGAAGGUCGUGGAGGGCAUCUCUCAGCCCAUCUGGCUGGUGAGUGACACACGGAGGCUGUCAGACAUCCAGUGGUUCCGGGAGGCCUAUGGGGCUAUGACACAGACGGUGCGCGUGGUGGCCUCGGAGCAGAGCCGACAGCAGCGCGGCUGGGAGUUCACCCCAGGGGUUGAUGAUGCCGAGUCAGAGUGUGGCCUGGAUGACUUUGGGGCCUUCGACUGGGUCCUUGAGAACCACGGGGACGAGCGGCGCCUGGAGGAGCAGCUGGAGAACCUGGUGGCGUUUGUCCAGUCCCGGCGUCCGUGCCGGGUCCCGGGAGCGGCGGACGCUGCGCCUCUCCCGGACGUGUGGUCUCCGACGCCGGCUGAGGGCCCGGCCGAUGCCUGACAAGCCAGGACACCGCGGGGACCUCGCCUCGGGCACAGGACCACCCCUCCUCUUUAGGAGGAGACCGAAGGGCAAAGAGGGUCCCCGGUGCCGGCCCGGCUGCCCUGUCUGGACGCCCUCAGCCCAGGGCUCCCAAGCCUAAUAAACCGUCCUGGAGCGCA